GAAGAUGAGGAGGCGGAAGAGGAGCUGAUCGCGGAUGGGAAGGAGAAGGAGGAAGAGGAGGAAGCGAUGCAUUUUCUCAUGCAGUCCCGUACGAACACCACCACCACCAGCGGCACCGCCGCCGCCAAGUACACCAACGUCGCGCCGGACGUGCGAUGGCCUGAGUGGACGCCGGAGGAAGAGGAGGAGGAGGAUGUGGACAACUGUCAAGACCUGGACAUGACCAGUAUUGCUGAAGACACCGUUGAGGAGGAUGAAGAUGGCGAGGAGUCAGAAGCCCUCUGUCGUGGCCUCAAGGGCACCUGGGCUCCCUUCUCCUUGUCCAAUGGAGUCACAGAUCCCUCAACCGCUCACGAUCGCUCAUGCCUCACUUCAGGCGAUCAGAGCACUGAACUACAGCACUCAGAGGACCCCGAUCUCGACGCUGCUAUUCGAAGCAUUAUCGGAUGA